GUCCUGUUACUUUGGUAACCAUUUGCACCAGCCUCGAGUUGGUUCUGUGAUUGCAACUUUUACACUGGUAGUCACUGUACUUAUAGUACGAAAUCAACGUUUAAUUCGCUUAUACGCACUAUUUAAACCAUGCAUGGUUAUACCCUGUGCGAUGCGAUGCUUUAAAUAGUGCAACGGCAAACUAUUUUAUAGCUUACGGAGAAUAAAAGCUUUCAUUCUCUAACUUGCUAGAUCCAGUUUAAGCUUUCAAAAAGACUUCAAGUCUCAGGAAGAAUUGAGGACAAUUGGGAAAACGUCGCUGGACGGUUAUUAAAGUACUUUGGAUCGGUACCAGUUUCCAGAUGAGUUGUGAAGGGGAUCAAGGACUGGAGGCUGUGAUUCAGAAGCUGGAGGAGUCACUGCUGAACCCAGAUAGCAGUGCAGAGGAGAGGACUCACUCUGUGAAUGAGGAUGAGGAGCACUUUAAUGCCACACCUGUUCCUGCCCGUAUUCGUGAGAUCAUCACUAGAAACCUGACUGAAAUGCCCAUAGGGAGCGGUGAGUUGCAGGGGAACUGUGUGCAAAGGGAUGUUCCAUCUCAGAUGUGCAGUGACGGAGACCAGCUGCUCAACAGGCACUCUGCUCUCACCAGAAGGCUGGAGCAGAUGCUGUUGCAGCAGUCAGGAGAUUCAGACCAGCAGAGCGUGUAUGGUGCCGAGCAAGGCUGGCUAAAAGAAAACGGCAGAUCAUACAAGUUGAAGCUGCAGGCCUAUCAGGAGAGUCAACAUAGGCAGGCCCAGCUAGUUCAGAAACUACAGGCUAAGUUGCUCCAGUAUAAGAAGAGAUGUGGAACUCUAGAGCAGCAGGUGCUAGAGAAAACCUCUGAGUCGGAGAAACUAAGGCUUUCGUUGCAGUCUCACCUUGACUCUUCAGCACAGCGUCUACAGUGCUUUAAGGAGGAACACAACCUGGAUGUCCAGAGUAAACUGGCCCUGCUGGAAGAUGAGCAGAAACGGUGUUCUGGUUUAAGCCAGGUCAACGCGCUGCUCCGAGAACAACUAGAACAAGCUAAUGAAGGCAAUCAGGCUUUGACAGAGAGCCUGCAGAAGGCACGAGAGGAGGCAGAGCAGAGGGACACGCGACUAAGGAGGGAACUUGAGAUGAGUACCUCCCGAGUGGGCCGCGAGCAGGCCCGUGUGCGAUCUCUCUGGCGGCAGGCUGCACUUCUGCGAAGUUCAUUCACCCAGCUGCGGGCCUUUGCUGAUAGGAAUCUGUCAGACAUGCGAGCAGAGUGUGCAGUGGCCGGCCGUCGUCUUCAUAUGGCCUGUGUGCAUUUGGAGACUUGCAUGAGCCAGCACAGUACCCCUGCUAAUAACGAAGUAUCUGCACUGGAGAGGGAGCUGAGAGACAAGCUUAAAGAGGCUAUGCAGCUACAGGCCCGCUUUGAUGCAGAAAAAGUCGAGCUUAGCUCCAGAAUACUGGAACUUGGUGAAAUGGUGAAGCAACUCAGAGCACAGAACAGUGAGAAGGAAGGGAAUUUGAAAGCUCUGCAGCACAGUUUGGACAUGAAGGAAAAAAGUUGGUGCCAGGACAGAACUGAGAGGGAUGCCUUACACGGCAAGAUUAACAGUUUGCAACUGAUACUCCACAACAUAAACAAGGUGGUUUGUGAAGAGAAUUGCCCAGAGUCUGCAAAAGAUGAGCAGGCUUCGCUUACUCUUUUCUCUUCUCAACGAGACAGUACUCUGAUAGCUGUGCAAAAAGCCCUCUCACAGAAACAGGCACAAAUUCAGGAUCUGCAGGCUCGUUCAGAGGCUUCCUUAGAGCAAGUUGCUUCCCUGCGAGGUCAGCUACACGUAGUAGAGGAUGAACGCAGAAACCUGGAACAAAGAAUCCAGGAGUUGGAGCAGGAGAACCAGCUUUUGGAGAGAGCUGAGGAGGAAAGCACCAGAGAUACCCAGAAAUACCGCAUCUCACUAGGCAAAGUCACCAGUAUCAUUACAGUUAUUUCCUUCGUCAUCAUCUUGCCUUCCUCCAACACCACACCCUGA